ACUCCACAAACACACCGCGUAGAAGAGAAGAGGAGAUGAUCAAAUAUUCCCGUUGAUUAACUUCAAAGCUCCUUCACAGAAGAAGUCUUCCAUCGACGAUAACUCCCCCUUAAAUUUCAUUUCCGAUCCGACUAAACCGAUCAUUUAUACUCUAAUCAAUAGCUUCAUCUAUCACCGAAAUUCUUAUAUUCGUCCAAAUUCUCAUCUUCUUCUAUCGUCAUGAGUUUCCUCUUCGGCAAGAGAAAAACUCCUGCAGAGCUUCUGCGGGAGAAUAAGAGAAUGCUUGACAAAUCGAUUAGGGAGAUUGAGAGGGAGAGGCAGGGUCUGCAAGCACAGGAGAAGAAACUAAUUGCGGAGAUAAAGAAAAGUGCCAAGCAAGGGCAGAUGGGAGCCGUGAAGGUGAUGGCAAAGGAUCUUAUCAGAACUCGUCAUCAGAUUGAAAAGUUUUAUAAACUAAAAUCACAACUCCAGGGUGUAUCUCUUAGAAUUCAGGUAUAUUUGUAUGUCGUCCUUUUGCAAUUUGUCAUGAUGCCUCGUCUUCACUUUCUUUGUUUGUAGCUUGAGGCUUAUUGGAAGUAUUUUCUCACUUUAAAACUCAGUUCUGGAGAUUAAAAAAAUAAAAAGAAGAAGCUUGGAAGAUUAACGUAGAUAACCUAACCCAGAGCUAUCUUUCCAGAAAGACAAGAAAAGAAAAAAGAAAAGCUAGCAAGCUUGUGGACACAAAGUAGAGGGUUGAGGAAAGGUAGAACCGAUAAAAUACUAGGGCCUAAGUUGUCGUCAAGAUGUACAACUAAUAAGAGAAAGAGUCUUCUUUUUUCUAGGAAAAUUUCUGGUCUUUUUCUUGUGAUGAAUUGUCAGUUUUAGCACAAAACAUUACCUAAAGCUUGAUAAUAAAAGCAAAAGAAGAUUACUGAAAUCCCUAACCAGAAAGUUCUAGUCAAUUGUGGCCUUUAUUUCAUAAGUUUGAAUAGGAAAAGCUGACUUAUGAAAAUUUUGAAGUUAAGAGGAUAGUAAUAAAUCUUAAUCUCAGUUUGCAAAA